AUGAAGCCGCUCAGAGGCAUCCAGACUGCGGCGUUGCCUGCCGUGGCGUCGCUGCUCAACCCAUUGCCAGCGGGCAUCAACUACAACUCGACCGAGGUUGUCUUUGUGAAUCAAAAGGCCCUGGCGACGCUUCCGUUCUAUUUCGAGCGCGGUCAAAUGUCGCAGGUAUGGGGCACCGUGACCGCCAGUCCCCGAGUCAACAGCGAGCUGUCCGUCCUGGCCAAAGCAUCCUUUGUCGCCUUUGACAGCCGCUUCUUCGACAUCCUGGGCCCCAAUCCCACCCUCGAGAAACUCUUCGAUCUCCCCGAGCACAAUGUCCACGAAGCCCCCAAUUUUCUGCCCGCGCAGAAUAAAGUCUUCGUGUCCAACUUCAACCACACGUACGAGUACCUGGUCGACUUGAGCGUGGAGCCGCCGGCGCUGCAGAACCUCACCACGGAUCCGCCGCUGGAGUCGGUCAAUGGCGGCUUCAUCCAUGAGGGCAAGCUGGUCGUGGGGACGGAUGGGUACCGCAACUCGACGCCCCCGGGUCUGUACCUGUACGACCCGGCCACAAACAGGAGUGAGCCGCUGCUCAACAACUACCGGGGGUUGAAGCUGUCGACCCCGGACGACUUGGUGGUUGACCAGUUCGGACAGGUGUGGUUUGUAGAUGCACCGUCUCUCGAGUGUCUGAUGCUAACCGACCCAAACAACAGAUUCAGCUACCUCGCCUGGACAUACGACAACCCGCCCGAACUCGCCCCCUCGAUCUACUGCUUCAACAUGACCUCGGGGGCCGUGUCGGUCGUCGACCAAAGCAUCCUCUGGCCCAACGGGAUCGCCUUCUCGCCCGACAACCAGACGCUGUACAUCACUAGCACGCCGCUCGGCCCGGACAACAGCACCGAGAACCACGCCAUCGUCGCCUUCGACGUCCUCUACCCGCACACCCUCGUGAACAAGCGCACCGUCUACGUCCCCGACACGUACUUCGCCGACGGCCUCAAAGUCAGCGAGGCGGGCAACCUGUACGCGGCGGCCGGGUCGGGGAUCGACGUCGUCACCCCCGAGGGCGACCUGCUCGGCAAGAUCACGGCCGCCGGUGAAGUGUUUAAUAAUCUGGUGUUUCUCCCGAAGGGGGAGAUUCUCGUCACGGGCGUCCAGGGGAUCUGGAGGGUAAGGAUCCGCGAGCAGGGCAUUGUGCACUACUAG